UACCGUUUACACAUAAUACUUUUAUCAAAAUACUAUCAUCACUAUUAUAGUAUCGUUCAAAGAAUAUUUGCUUUUAUAAUGAUAAUAAUAAAAUAACGUUUUCAUGAUUAGGUGACUAAUAAUAAUAUGAUGUACUAAUUAAUAUUGUCGUUCACUCGUCCAGCUUAUAUAUUUUUAUUUUUCGUUGCACACCAACACACACACACACUCACUCGCAUACCGUCAUCGUCAUUUGUCUAGUGUACAGCCAUUGCGGGCAUCGUUCGACGACGUCCUACGCUCAGAAGCGAACUGAUAGCGCACCUCAGUGUACCUACCAUAUUUGAAACCAACGGAUUAAACGCCGGCAAGAUGAACGAUUACACUGCCAAGGAUUUGAACGAGCCAGAAGACGGAGACACUAGAGGCGAUGACGCCGACAACAUUGACAAGCGUGCGUUUGAUGAGAUGAACAGUCAAAUUCAACUUGUUCUACAAGAUAUGAAAGACAAAUUCCAAACUAUGUCUGAUCAAAUAUUGUCGAGAAUAGAUGAUAUGGGUGCACGUAUCGAUGAUUUAGAGAAGAAUAUUUCCGAUUUGAUGAUCCACGCUGGUCUCGAAACUCCAGACAAAUGAUAUUUAGAAUACUAUCGUAUUACAAGAAAUGAAUAGGUCACUUAACAUUAACAAGAUUAUAUGUGUAUCAACUUAGGACCUACAUAAUUAUUUGAAAUAUGAUUAAAAUUUAAACAAGGUAAACUUAAGUGUGUCAUUGUCUAUAAGUAUCUCUAAACUCUGUCUAGCGUGAUAAAACUCUGCAGUCCAAUGAAAAUUGUUUCUUCUGUUCACUGCAGUCCAAUACCCUACUAUAGUUGUUUCGAGAAUUGCCUUGUUCUCUUGCUGGACAGAGUAUAUUAAAUUUAUUAAUAUCUAUAUAUUAUAAUAAGUGUAUUCGGUUUUUGUUUUUUUUUGUACUAUUUAGCAGUUUUCUGCAAUAUUAAAAAUUAAAUAUAAAAUAACUUAAAUUAUAGAUCCAUACUAGUUUUAUUUAUACUCUAUUCAGUUUAUGGAAGGCUAGUCAGACAGAUGAAAAGGCAUUGAAACGGUGCAUUUAUCCUCAAUAUCGGCACCAACACUGCUACUUUUACUCACCCGCUAAUCGUUUUCCGGAAAUAAUUUUAGUAGGAUCAUAGCCAACUUCAACUCGAACUCAUUAGAUAUACUUAACUAACCAUUUUUAAACUGAAUAGACUAUGAUACAGUAUGUUCCUUCCAUUAGUUUAAUUUAUUCAACUCAAAAUGACCAAUAUUAACCUUAUUAAAUCUAAAAACAGCUCAAACGUGCGAUUUAUUUUUAAGGAAAUUUCACUGAUGAGUAAAUAUUAGUAUUUCUUUAUACAUUGAAUAUAAUUUACCUUAAGUACCAAUUAAUUUAUUCAACUUUAGGAUUAUAAUUUUUGUUUUUCAUUCAAAAUAUAUUAUACUUUUAUUUUAAACACACAUAUUGUAGUAUUUAGAGAUCAGGAUAACCUAACCUUUAAUAGGUACCAACUGUUUUUAAGUUUAAUUAAGACAAUUUUCUAACCUAGGAAUAUCUGAGUAAUAUAAUAUGUUAAGUGGUAGUUAAAAGAGACAGCGGGGCACUUACAUGUCAUCUAUCUGUAGUCAACAUGUAAUAUUUGUCUCUUUUUACUAAAAGCAUUUACAUUUUGUCCAUCAUACUAACAGAACUUGCAAUGUAACUGGCAAAGUCUCAAAAACACUUAAAUUCUUUAUUUAGUUUACUCAAGAUUGAUAAUACUUUAUGGUUUGUUUUUUCAGUUCAGUAAUAUCACUAAAAAUUCUUAAUUUUUUUCAUUUUAAAAUAAAAUUUAGGUAGAAUAUUUAAAUUACAUUUAAAAUGUUGCACUAAUGAUAUCACUUAAUUCCAUGAGUUUAAUUAGAUUUCAUUUCAUUUUAACUAUGCAAUAAACAAAAUAUAGGUAUUUUUCAUUAAAAAACAGUCGGUACUUAAUACUCUCAAGGUUUUCAAAAUAUAUGAUCACUAUAGCAUGAUAAAUUCAUAAUAACAUUGUACAAUAACUAAGAAUCAUUUAAACAUUUUUUAAGAGCAAUAGGUAUUUUAUACAUUUUAUUUUAAGUAAAACUAUGAUUUAAAAGUUCAGUGGAAAUGUUUGAUAACUAUUUACAUGACAAUAGGUGUGUGGUUUUAAUUAAGUAUUUUAGUGUAAGCUAAUUGGCAGAAAUAUUGGAUAUGCAGUUUUUUUAAAAAACAAUUGCUGCUUAUUAUUAUGUUUUUGUUAUAAAAAAAAAUGUAGGAACCAACAGUCUUUAUUUGAAUAAACUAUGUGUAAAAAAUAUUAUGUUUGGCUCCUAAUUUAUUAGUAAAAAAAUGUAAUGAGUGGUUUUACUAGAUAAUGAAAAAAAUAUAUAGUUGUUCUGUUGUCUAAUUUACAUUAUAAUUAUUAUUUAUUAUAUGAGUAGUUAAAAUUAUAUCAUUUUUUUUUUUUUGUAUCCAAAUAGUUUGGUUGAACAUAAUGUGACAUCAUUGGAAUUCUAUAUUAUUAAUGUAGUUAAUAACAAAGACCCUACUACCUAAUUAAGUUUAUUAAAUAAUAAACAUAACAUCUAAUUUAAUUUUAAGUGCAUGUUUUAUUUUAAUACAAUCAUAUAAGACAGAGUUUAUAAUGUUAAGCUUUGUCAUUCUCUUUAUAUAUCUAUUAUAUGUAUUUGUUACAGUUGAUUUCUAUUACAUUUAUCCUUAUAUUGAAUAAAAACCCAUACUUAUUAUA